AGGCUCCGCCCCGCCGCAGCCGCUGUCCGCACUCCGGUGCUGAUCCACGUCGCCCCUGUGCGCUUCCGCGGCCGGACCGAAAAUAGAGGCACCGAAAGCCCACAGCCCGGUAGAAGGGCCAGGGCGGCGCCAAGUCCGGCCGAGUCCGGCCCGCGAUGCCUCUCGAAGCCGGCACGCUCGCCGCCUCCGCGAAGCAGCCAGGCCCCGGGGCCGCCGAGCUCUGAGGCCGCGCUCGUGCCAUGGCCGCCCGGGGAGGACCGGGCCCCGGCUCCCGGCACCGCGCGCUCCGCGGGCUGCUGCUGCUCCGUGGGCUGCUGCUGCUCUGCCUCUGGCUGCCCGGCGGCCGGCCCGGGGAGCCCGCCGCUCCGCCGUCCGGAGUGGAUAGGCUGCUUCAGGACUUUCGCCGGCAGCUACAGCGGGCACGGCCUCGCGACGAGCUGGAGCCGGAGCUGCUGGGCGGCCCGCGAGAGGAUUGCCCGGGUGCGGGCGGUACGGCGGUCUACCGGGCGGUGCCCGAUACCAUCAUCCGCACCCAGGACUCCAUCGCGGCGGGAGCCAGCUUCCUGCGCGCACCCGGGACCGUGCGGGGCUGGCGGCAGUGCGUGGCGGCCUGCUGCUCCGAGCCGAGCUGCUCGGUGGCGGUGGUGCAGCUGCCCCGGGGGCCCAGCGUGCCCGCACCCAUGCCCGCGCCCCGCUGCUACCUGUUCAACUGCACGGCGCGCGGCCGCAGCGUCUGCAAGUUCGCGCCGCUCCGCGGGUACCGCACUUACAUCUUCAGUCGCGCCGGGGACGCCGCCGGGAUCCCUUCCGGGCCCGGUGAGGACGAGCCUCCAGUGAGCAAGGCUGGGGAGGAUGUGGUUUUACAUCUGCCCACAGACGGGGUAGUUCUAGAUGGCCGAGAAAGCACAGAUGACCACGCUAUCGUCCUUUACGAGUGGACGCUGCAGCAGGGUGACCCAACAUCAGUGGACAUGAAGGUGCCUCAGCCAGGAACCCUGAGGCUGUCGCGCCUGAAGGAAGGGGCUUACGUCUUCCAGCUGACUGUGACUGACUCCGUGGGCCAGAGAAGCUCCGACAAUGUAUCUGUGACUGUGCUCCCUCGGCUCUACUCCACAGGAGGAUGCUCCAGCGCUUGCUCGCGCUACCAUUUCUUCUGUGACAGUGGCUGCUGCAUUGACAUCGCCCUGGCUUGUGAUGGCGUGAGGCAGUGUCCAGAUGGGUCUGAUGAAGAGUUCUGUCAAAACUUGGCUCUUGACCGCAAGUUGGUGACACAUACAGUGGCUACUUCUGCCCAGCCAGGAGCCACAGGAUUAAAUGAAGGUGAAGGAGACCCCAGGUUGGAGAAAUCCCAGAGAGCCACUACCCACAACCAACCAGCUACUGUAUCCCAACAAGAGAAGAGGAUCCACUCCACCCAGAAGGCUCCAGAGAGUCAGACCAAUCCUGUCCAGCCAGACAGUAAUUCCUCAGGAAAGACCCAAGAAGGAAGUUUCGAUCUCAAGUCCAAGAGUGGCCGUGCACCAGGGGAGCACCCAGCCCCAGAAGCAGGUGCGGUGCUACCCCUGGCAUUAGGACUGGCCAUCACUGCUUUGUUACUUCUCAUGGUGACAUGCCGACUCCGACUGGUGAAGCAGAAACUCAAGAAAGCCCGUCCCAUUACAUCUGAGGAAUCUGACUACCUCAUCAAUGGGAUGUAUCUCUAACAAAGCUAUUUAAGCAGCUCGGGGCAAGGAUGGGCAUCGCUCACAAUCUGUUCUUUGGGUUCUGUUUUAAACUGUGUUAGAAGACACUGCAAACACAAGCCUUGCUUUAUCCUGAAAUCAUUUUCCUGGGAUGUAUGAUGUCUUCAAAGGUAGAGAGGAAUUCAAAAGAUUGCAGCUUGUUUGCUGAGACAAAAGUCAGCAUGUCAUGAGGUGACAGAUGGAAGUCCUGCCUUUCAUUUGCGAGGUGCCAACUGCUGAUCCCUAGCAGCUUCCCUUGUCUUCUGGCUGUCUUCUCUCCACGAGUUCUCAUGAGCUCCACUUUCUUUUCCUCUGCCAAAUACCUCUGAAAAGGGAUCUUAAGUAAAUUUACCCUCAGUGAGAUGUUACCAAUGGCAGGUCCGUCUGGAUGUUAUAAGCAUUUUGAAUAGAUCAGUGAUGUCCCAUAGUAGAGGAAUAUGGGUUUUCUACCCCGCCCCACCCUAUGCUUCUGACAUCAGACCAUGGUGGGAGCUGCCACAUCUGGCUGACCUUGGAAGAAUUCCUUUUGGUUAGGAGCAACUGUAGGUGGUUAUGAAAUGAGAGCAAGCUAGCAGCAGCGGAGGAGGACCUGGCAGGCAAAAGCAAAUAGAGUCCCAGCCCUGGGAUCCGUGAGGACAAUCUGCUCACUGCCGCUUCCUGGUGUGGAGCAGUGUGGCUGCUUUACAUAUGCAUUGGUUUUCAACAUGAGCCUUUCUGAUGAAAAACAUGCGAAUUAUCAAUCCAAA